AUGUCCUCUCCAACUCCGCAGGACAUCACAGUCCAUGAAAAGGACUCAGAGGUAGCUCUCAACGUUGAUAUUGAAGAGCAAAGUCAUGAAUCAAAAGAUACGCCAGAAAAAUUGGCCGACGAUUCUAAUGAAGUAUAUUCUGUGGAAUCUUCAGGUUCUGAGGAAUUUGAAAAGUCUCGAGGAGUCAGAAGAAUCGAGAAUGUGAAGACUAUGAUGUUGACAGCUAAAAAUGGAAAGACUAUCAUGGUAACCUUUUGCUUCACUCUUCUUGUUAUCGCUUUUGUCUAUUCUUUAGAUGCCUCUACAACUGACAAUUAUGCUGUACCCGCUACCUCUAGUUUCAGCAGACACUCGAUGAUCUCCAGUGUGAACAUUGCAACCUCCAUCAUUGGAUCUGUUAUUCAGCCUUUUCAAGCUAGGUUUGCCGAUAUAACUUCCAGACCUCUUUGCUUCACCUUAUCGCUAGGAUUCUACACUGUGGGUGUUAUUAUUGCAGCCGCAUCCUCCACAAUUGGAGCUUACGUGGUAGGGUCAGUAUGUUCAGCUGUGGGUUCAAACGGUAUAUCUUUUGUGAGAGAUAUUAUUGUUGCUGAUUUGACAGACCUAAAGUGGAGGGGUCUUGUCAAUGCUCUUAUGACCUCUCCAUACAUCAUCACUGUGUGGUUUUCAGGCUUGAUUGUUGACGCUAUUUUGGCCAGAAACUGGAGAUGGGGUUACGGCAUGUUUGCCAUUAUCAUGCCCGUGGUUGUCUUGCCAGCAGUGUAUGUCCUUUACCACUUUGAGAACAAAGCACAGAAGUUCGUUCCCAAAACCGAGAAGCCAAAGAAAACCUUCCGUCAGAUAUUGUGGGAUUCUGCGAUCCAAAUUGAUGCUUUAGGUUUGAUUCUUAUGGGUUUUGGAUGGUCUCUUUUGUUGUUACCGUUUUCUUUGCAGCCAUAUGCUAAAGGCAGCUGGAGCAACCCUAGUUUGAUAGCCAUGUUUGUGGUAGGUCCUGUUUUGUUGAUAAUCUUCACCGUCUACGAGAUCUUCUAUGCGCCUGUUCCACUCAUGCCCAAGAGGAUUCUCUACAAUAAGACAUUUGUCACUGCAGUCAUCAUCAAUUUCAUAUACAUGUUGGCCGAUGGCAUAAGAUCUCAAUACUUGUCGAGUAUCGUUUUGGUUGGAAAAAACUGGUCUUACCAGAACUGGACCUACUUCAACAAUGCCAUCACCGUUUCCUUGUGCUUUUUUGGAGUCAUUUCUGGAAUCCAUUUUAGAUUGGCCAAGCGCUACAAGUACUUGAACUGUAUGGGUAUUUUCAUCAGAAUGGUCGCCUACUGUAUUCCUCUCAGGAAGCAAGGAACCAUGGCUGACACUGCAUCGUUUGUGAUGUGCCAGAUUUUGACAGGUUUUGGAUCGGCUUACGACACCGUUGGAACCGUUAUCUCAAGUCAGGCUUCUGUUCCCCACCAGGACAUGUCUUCAGUUAUGGCCUUGUUGCUUCUUUGGUCUACUGUUGGAAGCUCAAUUGGAUACGUCAUUUCAGGACAAAUCUGGACAUCCAGAAUGUACACCUUUUUGAGGGAAAGCUUGCCUCUGAGUGUUUCAGACGACGAAGUGUAUGAUUACUACACCGAUCUCACCUCGUUGUAUGACGUUGCUUGGGAUGACCCUGUGAGACAAGGUGCUGUGAAGGCUUUGGCCAAUAUCUGCCCCUACCUUUUUGCAGCCCCGGUGGCUCUUGAAUUCUUGAACUUUUUGAUCAGUUUCAUGCAGACAAACUAUUACUUGGGCGAUACUCACAAUGCCAUUGAGGACCAAGACGGUAAGGACCCUUCGCACCCUGAACAAGAAAAGAGGGAGAUCCCUGAGGGUUGGAAGGACAAGAUGUUAUACUUGUUUACUUGA